GAAGAAGGAGAGGAAGAAGAAUGCACCCCCACCUGUUCUGCCACAUAGCCAAUCGCUGUGCAGACAGCGCGUGGACACCGAUUGCAAACACGGAAAUUCAGCCAGAAGGAGGACGUCACCAUAGUUUUGGUCCCUCUGUAAUUUCAUGUAAACUAAGCGUUCGUGAUUAAAAGCAGACAGUGAACGUAAAGCCAGGUGGUGCAUUAGCCUUUCUUCUCCCGCUCUAUGGAUUUGUUGCAGCUUCUAUCAUGGGCCUGCAUCGUGUUCACAGUCGGGAUGUUCUCGACUGGACUGACCGACCUGAAGAAGAUGCAAGAAUCCAAAAGUGCUGAGAAUAUCCAGUUUCUCCCCUUCCUCACCACAUGUCUUAAUAACCUGGGUUGGUUGUAUUACGGGACUCUGAAGAGGGAUCAGACGAUUGUCCUGGUCAACAUUAUUGGAGCUCUCCUCCAGAUCCUUUACAUCAUCGUGUAUUUCCAUUACACAAAACAAAAGAGGCUGGUGAUGUCGGAGACUCUUGCUGCAGGGGCAGUGCUGGCCUGCGGUUGGUUCUACUUCACCACCUUUCUUCCUAAGGGGGACGCUCGGCUCAGUCAGCUGGGCUUCACCUGCAGCGUGGUCACCGUCAGCAUGUACCUGUCCCCGCUCACCGACCUGGUACAGAUAGUGCGUAGUGGUAAUGUGCAGUGCUUGUCCUUCCCCCUGACUGUAGCCACCUUCUUCACUUCAACGUCCUGGGUCCUCUAUGGCCUACAGCUAAAUGAUUACUAUAUUGUGGUUCCAAACACACCUGGAAUUUUCACCAGUCUCAUCAGAUUUUAUCUAUUUUGGAGAUUUGCACCUGUCAAUCAAAGCUUGCCUUCCUAUAAGUCUAUGCAGAUAUGAGUAUAUGAGGGUGAUGAAAACAGAAAGAGAUGACGAAUUUGUUGGCUGCAGCGAAGCUCUCCCGUCACUCGUCUUUUCCUCAUAAUAGAGUGAGGUUGGGUCACAUGACGAGAAACUGUCACUGAGUGACACCACUUGAAAAGAGAUCAUGUGAUUGUUGACUUAGUCAUUUCAGUUACUCAAUUAGGUAGAAAAAUGAUGACGUCCUCAGUGCAAUUCAACUUGGUUUUUUUUUCUGCAGCUGUUUGUUAAACCUGUGACUUGCGUCUCCUCCAUGUCUUUCAAGUGCCUUCUGUCAGGUUAGAUUUGCCAUUAAAGAUCAGUGGCAUUUACUGAUCAACAGACUUGCUAUCUCUUCACAAUCCAGUGAAUUGAAACUUUCUCACCUCAUACAAGCCAAAGAUUUUGUGGAAUUGUAACUUGUUGGCUGCUAUUUUAAUAUUACACAUCGUUUCUUUGUACUAUAUCGUGUCACGUUUCAUAUUUUCCCCCCACAUCCUGGUGAGCCGAUGAUGAUUUCACAUCUCUGUAGAGUUGGUACUCGUGCUUCUAUAUCACCAUGUAGACAAAAUAUUGAGUCAUAUCAGUGGCAGUAAGUUAUAUUUGUUCAGAAAUGUUUUCUAUAUAUAUUUUGUGUCUGAACCAUUUUGAUACAGGAUGUCUAUGUUGGGCUUACAUCCAGGUCAAAUGUUGUCUACUUAUAUUGUUAAUUCUAUUUUUAUAAGUUCUUGUUAGAUUAAAUGAAAUGCAAGACCAGAUUAACACCAUAGAAUGUGUUUACAAAAAAUGACUGAUCCCUAUUUUUCUAGUGGCUGCUUGUCGUGGGUAACUAAACUGUGCUUGUCUCCUCAUUAUUAUCUGUAAUCAGGACAUAUGCAAAUUAAACAGCUGAGUGUCAGUGCUAAUUCACUCACUAAGAUCUUUAAAGGUGCCAUGUAAAUAAAUUUUUAUCUUAACCA